GAUCGAGGGUCAUGAUUGGGCCGGUAUGGUCCAUUAUACAUUAUAAACCAUGGCGUGGGGCCAAAACUUGAGCCAACAUCACCUUAAUAAAAUUCUUUCAACAUUCUCAUCCACAUAUUCUUUUGAACACUGUUUCUGCUUUGUCAAUCAAUGGCACCUACCUCAAUUGGAAAAGAUAAGCAUUUCCUCAAUCUCUUCAGAGGAAACAGUAGUUGAAGGUUACUAUUUAUAGCAUUCUUCACUCCUUUGGAAAUAUAUGUGAUCUUCCUUUGCAAAAGGGAAUACGACAUUAUCAAGCUUAGCAGGGUACCGGUACAUGGACAGUGUUUCAACAAAAUUGCAGGCUAAGUUUCAGGCACCUGGUUAUGAGAAGGCUGCCAUGGAUUCGAGAACUCUUCAGAGGAAGAACCCAACUUCUGGUUCGCUAUGUGGGAGGAAUCAAAACCGAUGUGUCGUUUAUCUGGCUAAUCCGUGUAUGGUGGCAGAAUCGGUAGAUAGAAGAGGCCAAAGUUGGUUUUUCCGAACAGAUGUUGAGAGCGAUAUGAUUGUUCAAGUAGGAGAAAGCAUCUUUCACUUGCAUAAGAUUCCCAUGGUAUCGAGAAGUGCAUGCUUAAAUAGACUGGUCUUUGAGAGAAAACGCAGCCAUUUAAGUCCCAAUAUCCAGAUUGACAGUCUUCCUGGCGGAACCAAAAUUUUCGAGUUGGUGGCAAAGUUCUGCUAUGGGUGGAAAGUCGAUCUGACAGCAAAGAACAUUGCUCCACUGUACUGUGCUGCGCAUUUCUUGGAAAUGAGUGAUGAUCUUGAAGAAGGAAACCUUGUAUCCCAGACAGAGUCUUUUCUGAAUUUUCUUAUACUUUCAUCAUGGAAAGACACAUUUAGGAUUUUCAAAAGCUGUGAAUCGAUCUCCUUAUGGGCAAGGGAGUUACAUAUCUUGAAACGGUGCUCAGAAGCUGUUGCUUGGAGGGCCUGCUCGAAUCACAAGAACGAAGCGGAAUGCUUGAGUGCUCUACCAGAUCGUGCAAAUAACCGGAGUUCUGAAAAUGCAGUUGAUGGCUGGUGGUUUGAAGAUGUCGUGUUUCUUCGAAUAGAUCACUUCAUCGAAGUGAUUGGAUCAUUAAGGAAAAAGGGAAUGAAACCGAAGCUUGUAGGAUCAUGCAUAGCUCAUUGGACUGCAAAGUGGCUUUCCAAAAUCAAAUUUGGAGUUGAAACUGCGAAUACAGAAGAAAUGACUCUUCAGCUACAGAAGGUUAAUGUUGAAAGUUUGAUAAGGAUACUCCCGGUAGAGGAAGGUUCAGUUUCCAUCAAGGUUCUGCUUCAUCUUCUCAAGAUAGGCCUCGUCAUGAAGAUCGGCCCUGAACUGUUGAACAACCUUGAAGAAAGGAUAGUUUCUUUAUUGGAAAAUAUUUGUGCCAAAGAUCUCUUGGUCAAAAAUUACAAGCCCGGUGCGGCUGCUUAUGAUGUAGCAAUUGUUGCUAAAGUGCUAGAAUCCUAUCUUUUGUUCGUCUCCAGUGAACCAUCAUCCAGAAUAUCUGUGAUUGGAAGGCUGCUGGACGAGUAUCUGACAUUGGUGGCCAGAGAUGAGAAUCUGCCCCCCCAAAGUUUCCAGUUACUCGUAGAAGCAUUGCCAAGAAACGCUCGCUACUGUGAUGACAACCUCUACAGAGCCAUUGAUAUGUACCUCAAGCGUCAGGCACAUCCUGGAGUAACCGAAGAAGAAAGAUGCAGCAUGUGCAGAGGAAUGGAGUACCAGAAACUAUCCCAAGAAGCGCGCAAGCACGCGAUGAAGAAUGACCGGCUGCCAGUGAACAUCAUCACACGGUUUAUCCUUCUUGAACAGGUCGAUAUGACAAGGUCGAUUACAGCUGCUGGAUCCAAGUACCAGAGAACAAAAUCACAGGCAAUCAUAAGAAUAGGCAAAGGCGCUGGGAAAGGGGGGAUGAUGGGCGGCCAGAAGGAGAUCAAGACGAUGAAGCAAGACGUGGAGAGGAUCAAGGUGCAGAUCAGUGAUUUACAGCAGCACAGAGUGGAUCUUCAGAGGCAAGUGAGAAGACAAAAGUUUGGUUUUGUGAGGAGUUCAUUGAUGUGUUGAAUUUUCUCUCUCUCUCUUGGUGGAUUUGCUUCAAAGCCUAAGCCUUCACUGUUGAAGUGUAUGAGCAUCAAGGAUUUCACUAAAUGGGUUCAUCAAAUUGAAUUGUCAGGAUUUCACUGUUGAAGUGUAUGAAUCUCAAAAUACUUUGAAUAGAUAACAUUACUCAUUUUU